CCUUCCCCCUCGCUCUCGCCCUUCGUGAUCAAGAGGCAGCCGUUUAUAUAGCUCGACCCACUCAUCGGGACCCCCCUUUCCCUCCUCUUUGCCAUCACUUUGCCUCUCUUCUCGCCAUAACAUUUCGAACUCACUUACGACACACUCCUACACUCUUUACGACGACUACCAGCCUCAUAUUCCAACGAACUACUCUCUGAACACUCCUCGCACAUACCGCCAUCUACCCUACACUCAGUAAUCAACAUGUCCUCCAUUCAAACCCCUACCAACGUCGAGACCGAGACCAAGAAGCAGGAAGAGGUCCCCAUCACCAGCAAUGAGAUGGAUGUCGACUCAAAGCCUCCUACGGUCCCCGAUGAUAAGCCUGUUCUCGACGCUGCUGCCCCCGCUUUGGGACCUGCUGUAGUCGAGGCCGAGGCUCAGCCUGCGGACGUCGUCUCCCCUACCGACAAGAUCGAGCCCGUCGUUCAGACCGAAGGAGCCACCGAGACCGCCACCCCUCCUGCCCCGAUCGCCAAGGAGACCAGUGUUGAGGACAAGAAGGUCGAGGACAAGGUUGCUGCCGCUGUUCCUGCUGGAUCCAGCCCGAAGAAGGAGAAGAAAGGCAUCUUCGCUCGAAUCUCCGGGAUUCUCGGAAUCUCCUCGCCCGAGAAGAAGGACAAGGUUCACAAGACCGAAGCCGCCUCCUCCAAGGUAGCCGCUGUCACCCCUGCCACUACCACUGCUACCGAUGCUGCGAAGACCGAGAUCGCCGUUGCCCCUGAAGCCUCUACUUCUACAGCUACCGCUCCUGCUGUCGUUUCCGACGAGACUGUCAAGCCCGCAGUCACCGAAGACGUCAGCAAGUUGACUGAUGGUGUCGACGGCCUGAACAUUGUCGAGGAGCCCAAGAAGGACAUCGUCGAAGCUCCCGUCGUUGCUACCGAGACCACCGAGGCCGCCGCAGCUCUUCCAGAACACACCACCGCCAACACCACCGAUAACAAGAGGCCCGAGAUCAAGUCCUCCCCUUCCACUCCCAAGAUGCAUAGGCGAAUCUCCGCUCGUAUUGGCCAGUACAUCGACACCCGUUUCGGUGACAAGAGGAAAGAUACCGCCAGCCCUCCUCCCGUCAAGAAGGAUACUGCCGUCGUAGAGGAAUCCGCUGCCGGAGAGGGCAAGGUCGUGGAUGAGGUGAAGACGGAUUCCGCUCCUGUCCUGGCUCCUCCCAUCUCUGUGGCGCCUUUGGAGGAAGUCACCGCUCCCGUUGAGGCUCAGACCGAAACCCAGGUAGUCAAGCCUGUAGCAACCUCGGCUUGAACGGUCUCCUCUUGACGGUACCCUAGACGAUCUUUGACGACACUUCCUCUCUAUUUCCUUGCGGUUCUUUCAUUUCCGGUAGUAGUCCUAUAAUACGCUUGGGGGACUUUGGCCCUGGCGGUGCUUUUUCCUUCUCCAUUCCGCUAGAUAUCGCAUGUAAUAUCUAUCGCACGGCCUACCUCGUGAGGCUGCCUCUAUGGUUUUCGGAUUGAUCGAUAUAUCCCAUCUCGGAC